UGCAAGACAUUUUGGACUGAAGCCUGGCACAGCUGCUAGCUUUGUUAGGGCGCCUGCCACACAGACACAGGACAGCAGGAAGGGAAGCCGACAGUCUCACGCUGCUCAGGUAGUCUAUCGCUAAGGCCAGUCUACCUGGCUUGGCGCAGCAUCUGUCCGGGGGUGCUGUCUAGAUUCUGUAUCUCGCUGGUUGCCGCUCGACUGGGGUUUGCCGAUCUACUCCUCACGGGCCACCAAAACCACGUCGACCUCUCGUGCGCCGACUCACGAGCGAAGCCUAUCUAUCGAUUGCCAUUGUCUCUCUUCAAGCCUGCGCCUGCUUGUGAAUCGUCGUCUUCGAAGCCUGCUCGCCUGACCAUCUAUCAUCCCAUUGAGCGGAUCCAAAAGACUUUAUUGCUAGCGAUUUGAACAUCCCAAAACGCUCGAUUCCCAUUCACAAUGGCAGACGGAGGUUAUAUCGACUAUGCCAAGCAUGCUUCCCAGGCAUCACAAGACUCAUCCCGGCUGGAGUACCUCGCAGACUCGAAUCAUCUAGACCAGGAGGCUGCAUCAACACGGUCACGCAGUUCGGCUGCCUCAUCUGAUCGCAGACCGAGAGAGAAGAGAGGAACUGCAGGCGCAUCAAAACUGAGCCGAUCAUCUGUCGCGAGCGAUGGCGGCUCGGACGUGUCCUCUGCUCUGUCGCCCUAUCCAGAGGACAAGAAGGUCAGACCACCUCCGACAGUGUCCGACAGGUCGUCUGUCAUGUCCGGCACGGGCACGGGCACAGGCACACAAAGCGAAUAUACUGGCACGGGCACCAGCUUCACCGGGACGAGGACCGGCACUUCCUUCACUGGCGCUUCCCGCCGCACAUUCGGCGGUCCAGAAGAGGCAGAGAGGCGAGAGCGAGGACUGCAGUACGUCGACAAUGGCGUCAAUUUCUUGAACGACCACGAUCCUCCGACUUAUGAUGGCUACAAUGGCUUCUGGCGGAUCAUCCUUGAAAUGAAGCAGGCCUUGUCUUUCCUCAUCACCGCACAAUCGUUCGCCGUCAUGGCUUUCAUCGCCUAUCCAGCCUAUAUCACUUCCCUUCUCUCACCAUACCAUGUCCGUCCGCCUUACGGCAAGCGAGACAAGUCUUGGGAGAACCGUAUUCCUGGCGAACGCUUCUCGGCUCGUGCAGAGUACUACGCAGAAUUUUGGGGCUACAACUAUGAGUAUCACGAUGUCGAGACCGAGGAUGGCUUCAUCCUCAAGGUCGUCCGGCUCACCUCGAAGAAGCAUCGUCGCACUGGUCACCCCGUCUUGCUGCAGCACGGUAUCUUGUCAAACGGCGCCACGUUCGUAGUCAACGAAGAGCGCUCGCUUGCUUUCUGGCUCAUGGAGCGCGGUUACGAUGUCUGGCUAGGCAACAUUCGCACGAAUUACAAGAUGCCACACAAGAACAUUCCUCGCUGGCAUCCCAAGUACUGGGCCUGGGCCGUCAAGGAGAUUGGCAUAUACGAUUGCACGGCAACCGUCGAGUAUAUUUAUCAGCGAACACGCUCUAAAGUGGCGUACGUCGGUCAUUCCCAAGGUACCGGGUCGAUGUUCCUCGCGCUGUCAAAGGGUAUGCGCCCGGAACUCGGGCGGAAAAUGUCUUGCUUCUGCGCGCUCGGUCCGUCGGUCUACGUCGGUCCUGUCUUGCAAACGUUCCCCUUCUCGCUCAUGCGCAAGUUCACUAAUCGCCAAGUGUGGUCGCUCAUUUUCGGCGUGCGCGAGUUCAUUCCCAUCAUUGGCUUGCUUCAAGAGUAUUUGCCAUCUUGGCUCUUCGGACAUCUCGCCUUCCCAGUCUUUUACUUCCUCUUCGGCUUCCAUGAUCACAAUUGGGUGCCGCGUCAGAUUCCUAAGUUCUUCCGAACAGUCGGCGUUCCGAACCCCAGCGAAUUGCUGUACUUCUAUAUGGCCAAUCAGAGCUAUACAGGCUGCAUCUUCGACCAACAAAGCCCCGAGCCCUGGUUCCCGCCGACAAUCCCGCCUGUUGCCAUCUGGUGGGGUGAUAUCGAUACGCUCGUGUCUGGCAAGCCGCUGCUAGAUCGUAUCAAAGCAAGCGAGCCAGACGUCAACCUGGUCUACGAGUGCAUGCUGCCGAAUUACGAGCAUCUGGACAUGCUGUGGUCCGUCAACGCGCCUCAGGAUUGCUAUGCCGGGAUCAGAGAGGUCAUCGAGAUGACUCGAUACUCAUAAUGCGGGUCUUUCGUUCGCUCGAGUGUGACACACAUUUGCGCACACAUCGCAUCUGUGCUAUUUUGACUUAUUGUACACGGUUCGCUCUGCUUGCACAUGCAUAAUCUGUAGCUUGAAGAUCGCAAGUCGACAAGAGCGUAUAUGGACAGCCUAUAGAUCCAGUACUGGACCGGCAGGCACGAUGGGACGAUCAGUCUGAGUGUCCCAGCCUCCUUUGGCGGCAGCCAUGGUAUAGCCGACCUUGAUCUGAUCAAAGUGGGUGGCAGAUCUGAAUUCGUGUUGCGCAUACAACCGCUUGAACCAUGCCUGAAGGGCGGGAUAGUCUGAAACCUUGCGCAAAUUACAGCGAAAAGCAUAGUGAUAGGAUAUAUC